UCAAAUAACGAAAAGACUUUUGAGCAUUGAAACUGAAAUCACAAUGUUUGGAGGGACAAAAAUAUAAACAGACGGAAGAUCAACUGUGAUCAACCACCUUAUGAACGGAGAAUCGAUUGCAUCGCGUGAAAGAAGGUGUGUGUGUGCUGUGUCGUGUAGCAGAGAGAGACAGUGAGGGCUGAAACUGAUAACACUAACCCUCUUCUCUGAUAAAAUUGUUUUCAGUUGAGUUCACAGAAAUGGAUUAAUAUUUGACUGAAUUCUGUUCAUAUCAGGAUAGACCUACCAACUUAUCAAUAUGGAUAAGUUCCGUAUGAUGGCCCAAAUCCUCCAGACCAACCAAGAGUCUUUUAUGAACGGCAUGUGCGGCGUCAUGGCCCUGGCUAGUGCUCAGCUCUACACGUCUUUUGAGUUCAACUGCCCCUGUAUCCCUGAAUAUAACUACUCCUAUGGGAUGAGUAUGCUGGUUAUUCCACCUAUAUGGUUCUUCCUUUUGGGUUUUGUACUGAACAACAAUGUCUCAAUGCUGACGGAGGAGUUGAAGCGGCCGAUAGGACAGCGGAGGAAGGACUCUACGAUCCUGCGCUACAUGUGUGUGUCCAUAUCCCAGCGAUCACUCAUCGCUCCAGCUGUUUGGAUCUCAGUGACUCUAAUGGAUGGUAAAAGCUUUCUGUGUGCCUACAGUAUGGACCUGCAGAUUUCCGAGUUUGGCAAAAAUGUAAGUCGAUAUGGACUGUCUCAUGAGGAACUUGUACGAACGCUGGCCAAAAUUCCAUGCAAGCAUAUAUAUGAUGGCCAACACAUUCUAUCGAGAGAAGCCGCGGUCAUAUACAUACGCUGUAUUUCACAGGCUUUUGGAUGGUUGUUCUUGUUGAUCAUCACAAUCAUUGCGUUUUUGAUCAGAGCCAUCCGGCCCUGCUUCAACCAGGCCGCCUUCCUCAAAACCAAAUACUGGUCUCACUACGUAGACACAGAGCGCAAGAUGUUUGACGAGACUUGCACAGAACAUGGCAAAGGUUUCGCCAAGGUUCGCAUCAAGCAGUACUUUGAGGAUAUUAGCGGCGAGUUUCAGAGCUUCCAUGAUCAUUCACGUGGAGAUGAUAGUGAUGAUGACGACGAUAAACCCGAAACUGAAGACGACAAACUGAUGGGGAUUCGACGCCAGGACACCAUGAACAAGCUGCUGUGGGACUGGCACAAGUGCAAACCUGCACUGAGUCUAAGAAAGUGUGGAGAUACUCGUACUGGACAAAAUGGAGAUUGUAGCAUGAAUGCUAACAAUAAUCAAAAUGGACAUGACUGUGAUAACACUGACAGAAGUGCGGGGCAAAAAGGCUUUAAAAGUGGUUAUGUGAAUGAUGGCCUUGAUGUUGGCCAAAGCGAAUCGGACAGGGGAUGUGAUAAUGCUUGCUAUAGUGUGGACCAAAAUGUUUUUACAAAAAGACACAGCAAUAGCACAAGCCAAAAUGGAUUCAUGAAUGGUGGCAUUCCUUCUUCAUGCAGUGAUCAAAAGAAAGCAUGUGCAUUGCAUUAUAGUAAGCACUGAGUCUGAGAUAUAUCUUUGACACGGACAAGAAAUCCUUAAAUAGGACUAGAAAAUCAUAAUAUAAAUGCUUAAAAUGUUGUCUUAAAGUCCCCCUGUGAUGAAAAUCUAGUUUUUAAUGUGGUUUAUGUCUAUGUGGUGUUUAGUAUGC